AUGUGUAAAUCACUGCGUUACUGUGUUAGUCAUUGUCUCUAUGCAGCAAUGACAAGGCUAGAAGAAGCAAACAGAGAAGUGAACAUGCACUCAUCAGUCAGAUACCUUGGUUAUCUCGCCAGAAUCGACCUCCUGGUUGCCAUUUGCAUGGGCCUUUAUGUCAGAUGGGAAAAAACAGGAGAUGCACUGAUUUUGGUAAUAUUUAUUCUAGGGCUCUUUGUUCUUGGAAUUGCCAGCAUACUGUAUUACUAUUUUUCAAUGGAAACAGCAAGUCUGAGUCUCUCCAAUCUCUGGUUUGGUUUUUUGCUUGGCCUUCUCUGUUUCCUUAAUAGUUCUGCAUUCAAAACUGAUGUGAAAGAAGAAGCUACAAAAUACUUACUCCUCUCUGCCAUUGUUUUAAGGAUAUUAUAUGCUUUGGUUGAGAGGAUUUGUGGUUGUAUCCAUCAUCGACCAACUCUGCUGACAACAGUUGAAUUUUUGGAGCUAGUUGGGUUUGCAAUUGCCAGCACAACUAUGCUGGUAGAAAAAUCUGGAAGUAUUAUUCUGUUGGUCGUGGCUUUGGCCAUGUUGAUUAUUGACUUGCGUAUGAAGUCUUUUUUGGCAAUUCCAAAUUUGGCAAUUUUUGGAGCCAUUGCAUCGUUACUCUUUUUUCCAUCACUGCAAAUCCCCACAAACCCUUUUGCCUUGGCGUGUUUCUUCAGCUGCCUGAUUUCAAAUCCCCUUCUCGACGUUUACUUCAGUGGACUUUCAGUUACUGAACGAUGGAAGCCCUACUUGUACCGUGGUAAAAUCUGUAGAAGGCUUUCUGUCAUCUUAGUUGGAGUCAUCGAACUCACCUUUUUCAUUCUUGCAGCCUUUAAACUGCGUGAUUUGGAUCUCUGGUAUUUUGUGAUACCUGGUUUUUCUAUUUUUGGAAUUUUCUGGAUGAUUUGUCAUGUGAUCUUUUUUAUAACUCUUUGGGGAUUUCACACAAAGCUAAAUGACUGCCACAAGGUGUACUAUACCCACCGUGCAGAAAACAACAGCCUUGACAGAGUUAUGGCGUCUAAAGGAAUGCGUCACUUCUGUUUGAUUUCGCAGCAGCUAGUAUUUUUCAGCCUUGUCGCGACUGCCGUUUUGGGAGCUGUUUGCUGGCAGCCAACCAAUGGGAUCUUCAUGAGUGUAUUUCUCAUCGUUUUACCUCUGGAGUCCAUGGCUCAUGGGCUUUUCCAUGAGCUGGGAAACUGCUUGGGAGGAACAUGUGUUGGGUAUGCUGUUGUGAUUCCCACCAGUUUUUGCAGUCCUGAUGGCCAACCAACUCUUCUUCCACCUGAGCAUGUGCAAGAGUUAAAUCUGAGGUCUACUGGCAUGCUUAAUGCCAUCCAAAGAUUUUUUGCAUAUCACAUGAUUGAGACAUAUGGUUGUGACUACUCUACAAGUGGGCUGACCUUUGAUACCCUUCACUCCAAGAUCAAGUCUUUCCUUGAACUUCGGACAUCAGAUGGGCCCAGACAUGAUACCUACAUUUUAUACUACAGUGGUCACUCACAUGGCACUGGUGAAUGGGCCUUGGCAGGGGGUGAUGCUUUACGACUGGACACACUCUUGGACUGGUGGAGAGAAAAGAAUGGUACUUUCUGUUCUCGACUCAUCAUCGUUUUAGACUGUGAGAACUCUCAGCCUUGGGUUAAAGAAGUGAGAAAAGUAAAUGACCAGUACGUUGCUGUGCAAGGAGCAGAAAUGGCCAGAGUUGUAGACAUCGAGGAAUCAGACCCUCCACAGCUUGGUGACUUCACCAGGCAAUGGGUUGAGUACAACUGUAACCCUGACAGCAACAUCAGCUGGUCCGAAAAGGGACGUACAGUGAAAGCAGUGUAUGGUGUGUCAAAACACUGGAGUGACUACACUUUGCAUUUGCCAACGGGAAGCGAUGUUGCCAAACACUGGAUGAUAUACUUCCCACGUAUCACCUAUCCGUUAGUACAUUUGGCAAACUGGUUUUGUGGUCUCAAUCUGUUCUGGGUCUGUAAAGCAUGCUUUAGGUGCUUGAAAAGACUGAAAAUGAGCUGGUUUCUUCCCACAGUGCUGGACACUGGACAGGGUUUCAAACUUGUCAAAUCCUAAUUAGCAACCAAAGAGAAAAUGAAGUGAGAGCUCUGGGACCUUUCUCACUGUACUGUACUUACAACUUUUUAUAUGAGUACUUUUCUCUGAAAAAAUCUGCUGCACUCACUUUAAUCAGCUCUUUGAGCAGCUACAGUAUAUGCAACAGUUAGAAACUGCAGUCUUAAAUAGAAGAGGGUCAGACUAUGGUGUUUGAUUUUUGUUGGUGGUCUGUACGUACAUAUGUAAGAGACUUAAUAUGACCAUGCAUUUUGGAGACAGUUCACAUGUUCAUAGGUGUUACUUAAAGCAGGCAU